UAUUCUUUUCUUUUUCACCUAUAAGUGAAAGACAACAAAUAAUAAUCCUAAUAAUAUUGUUAAUUAUUAAGGAUGUCAAGCCCUUUAUCUCUUCUUCUACAAUGGCUUUCCUUCUUCUUAAUACUCUGUCAAAUCUUUUAUGCAUCUCAAGCUGAUCUGGGAACAGCAAGCCAAUAUAGCCCACCAUACACACCGAGUGCAUGUUUUGGGAGUGAUUCAACACAAUUUCCAUCAAGCAACUUCUUUGCAGCAGCUAGUGAAGGGAUUUGGGAUGAUGGAGCUGCCUGUGGAAGACAAUAUUUGAUAAGUUGCAUUAGCUCUGUUUUGCCUAAAGCUUGUAAACCAGGAGAAACUAUUCAGAUCAAAAUCGUUGACCGCGCACAAAAUAUAACUUCAACACCAACAAGACAAGGAACCACUAUGGUCCUUUCUACUGCUGCUCUUGCUGCAAUUGCUGAUUCAAAUGCCCCUUCUCUUAAUAUCGAUUUCCGACACGAGUGCAUGUUUUGGGAGUGAUUCAACACAAUUUCCAUCAAGCAACUUCUUUGCAGCAGCUAGUGAAGGGAUUUGGGAUGAUGGAGCUGCCUAUGGAAGACAAUAUUUGAUAAGUUGCAUUAGCUCUGUUCUGCCUAAAGCUUGUAUACCAGGAGAAACUAUACAGAUCAAAAUCGUUGACCGCGCACAAAAUCUAACUUCAACACCAACAAGACAAGGAACCACUAUGGUCCUUUCUACUGCUGCUCUUGCAGCAAUUGCUGAUUCAAAUGCCCCUUCUCUUAAUAUCGAUUUUCGACAGUAAGUAAUCAUUCAUCCUGUCAUUCAAUUUAAUUAUCGUUUUCCUACAAAAGUAACUAAACUAAGUUUGAUUACAUGUGCUAAACAAGUAAUUAUUACUACUGCUACAAUUAUUGGAAAGAGAUAAAGUAAACAACUU